CGCAGCGAGAAGGGGCCAAGGAACGAUUUCCUUCCUCUCGCAAAUCCGCCCAGCACCCUUCACGAUGCAAAUCUUCGUGAAGACCCUUACGGGCAAGACCAUCACCCUUGAGGUGGAGUCUUCUGACACUAUUGAGAAUGUCAAGGCCAAGAUCCAGGACAAGGAGGGAAUUCCCCCAGACCAGCAACGUUUGAUCUUUGCUGGCAAGCAGCUCGAGGACGGCCGCACCUUGUCUGACUACAACAUCCAGAAGGAGUCUACCCUUCACCUUGUGCUCCGUCUUCGUGGUGGUGCCAAGAAGAGGAAGAAGAAGACCUACACCACCCCCAAGAAGAUCAAGCACAAGCACAAGAAGGUCAAGUUGGCUAUUCUCAAGUACUACAAGGUCGAUGACGACGGCAAGAUUACCCGUCUCCGUCGUGAGUGCCCCAACGAGACCUGCGGUGCUGGUGUUUUCAUGGCCAUGCACUACGACCGUCAAUACUGCGGUCGCUGCGGAUUGACCUACAUUUUCCAGGGAAAGGAGGGUGCUAAGGCGUAA